AUGCUGUACCCCCACAAGAACACUGUCAUUGGCGUGACGAGGUCGAUCCUCAGCAACCGCAUCAGCCACUUCCUCGACAUCCGCGGGCCCAGCAUGACGGUGGACACGGCUCUGCAGCUGGCUCUCUUGGCCGUCUUGGCGGACUGGAACGUGACGCCGGCGGCUGUGGUCGGCCACUCGUCUGGGAAGAUUGCGGCCGCGGUGGCGGCGGGUUACAUGAGCUCGGCGGAUGCCAUCAGGACGGCCUACCUGCGUGGAUACGGCUCGAAACAGAUUCUAGAGCCAAGUCAACAGGAGCAAGCUGCGCCGUCGUCUCUUGGCAUGCUGGCAGUGGGAGUUGGUCCAGACGUGGCUCAGUCGUAUCUAGACAAGGUCAAUGGCCCAAGUCCAGACAUUAAUAAUGUGUAUAUUGCCGGCUACAGCAGCCUAUCCAGUCUUGCUGUACCGGGGCCGGUGUCUGCCUUGACGGUGCUGGGAGCCAAGCUGAAAGACGAUGGCCAUUUCGCUCGUCUCCUCCAGGUCGACUUGGCAUACCACUCGCCGUAUAUGGCAUCAGUAGCCUUUUACUACAAGAAGACGCUUGAACAAUUUUGCCACUUUGGCCCGCAAGGCUCGAGAAACGGACAAGGGAACUCGGCGGUUUGGUUCUCGUCCGUCAAUUACGUCACUGGGAAACGCAUCGACUCCGAAUUGCCAGUGGACGCCGAGUACUGGAAGAGCAACAUGGUGAUGCCCGUCCAGUUCAACCAGGCCUUGUCAAGCAUGAUCCUUGACGGACCCGAGGCUGCCAACGAGGCCGAUUUGAUGCUCAUCGAAAUCGGGCCAAGUAACGCACUAGCAGGGCCCGUCUCCCAAGUCGACAAGGCUGGGAAUCAGGGGCUCGCAACAAAGGUUAAAUAUUGCUCGGCCCUGAAGCGAGGGGCAAACAGCGUGUACACCCUCCUGGCAGUGGCAGGUCAGUUGUUUGCCGUAGGUGUUCCUAUACCCCUGGCCAAAGUCAACGGAUACGACUUGGCCAUCACCGAUGACACGAGCAUUGUGAAAAUCGCCGGAACCAUGACGACGGCAUCCCGAGUGGUGGUGGAUCUUCCCAACUACCAGUGGGACCACUCCACGCGGUAUUGGCAUGAAGGGCCUGCCAGUCGCGGCUGGCGCCAUCGGCCUUUUGUCACGCAGCAUCUCCUCGGGGCCAAGGUGCUCGGCACGCCCUGGAGCAGUCCGACGUUUUCCAAGGUGCUGCACCUCGCCGACGUGGCCUGGCUGCGCGACCACAAGAUCGGGGAGCAGCGCCUGCUCCAGGUGGAAUGCACGCCCGGGCUGCAAGACACCCGCAAUCUGUUGUCGAUGGACCCACCCGUGGUUUCUGAGCAGGGCAGCGACGGCGGGACAGAGGCGAGGUUGCUGCAGCCGUGGUACGAGACGCGGGGCACCCUGCACCCCGUGGCCUUUGACUCGGUCACGCAGGCCUUCAUCCCGGCUCUGUGGAAGGGCGACCGUGCGGCCGUCGGCGUCGUGACGCUCGUGCUGGACUUGAUCUGCCACAAACUGCCGCACCCCAAUGUGCUCGAGAUUGGCGCCAACGAGCAAAGAGGUGGCGUGGUCGGCGAUCGAGACCGAAACUCCAGUGUGUCGCUUCACUGGCUCCCCAGUAUUGACGCCGAUGACGAGCUCAAUCGCAGCCGAGCUGACGCCUGUGCCUCGUAUCACUUUGUCUCGGCGGAGCCGCAGACCUUGCUGGCGAUCCAAGACCGUUAUUCGCUUUUGCCAAAUGCUAGCUUUAGUCUCGCCGAUAUCACCAUGGCUGCAUCUGUGCUGCCCGGCGACAGCGAAUACGACUUGGCCAUUGUCAAUGUCAGCAAGGAGCACUCGGCGGCGGAGGCAGGGUUGGGGAGCAUGUUGAAAACGGUUCACGGGGGAAUGCGUGACAAGAGCACCGGAUAUACCGUCGUAGUAUUGACCUCUACAAAUCCCCAGUCAGAUGUCGACCUUGUGCACAAGGUGGCUAGGACGGCCGGGUUUGAGCCCAAGUCGUGCGCACUUCGGGAGAAGCUCGGAGCUGCUGGUUGGAACGUUUCUCUCAGCCAUGUUGGUGAUUCUGAAUGUGGCCAAGUCCAACCGGGCAGCAUUGUCUUGGUGUGCGAUGAGCUGUACGGAGCAGUAAUGUCCAAAAUCACGCAAAGCCAAUGGGAUGCUUUACAGAUGCUUAUUUCAAAGGAAUGUCGAAUCCUCUGGCUGACGACGGGCGCCGUUGGUUCCAACAACAGUGACGGGAAUGAGCAAAUCCCAAACCAGAUGCAUCCGGAACGAGCAGCCAUCAAUGGAUUAAUGCGUUCGGUGCGGCGAGAAGAGCCACACCUGCGCCUAAUCACAUUGGAUUUGAGCCCGUCCUCCAUGGCAGACGGUGUCGGCGAUGCCAGCUCCAUCCAACUGUGCCUGCAGCAGCUCCUAUCCCCCGGUGGCAGCAACCGAACCGCCGAGAGCGAAUUCGCCGAGCGCCAAGGCAUCCUGCACAUCAGCCGCAUCGCGCCAGACGCCGCACUCAACCGAGCCAAACUCGAGCGUGCCGACGUCUACAAGAGCGACCUGUUCGACCCCCGCACAACCGACCCCUCGAUCUGCGUGCAGCUCCGCGCCGAGCGCCUGGGCAACAUCGACUCGCUGUGCUUCGCCGAGACGGCGCUUCCAUCCGACCUGCCGCCCAACCACGUCGAGGUCGAGGUGCACGCGUCGGGCCUCAACUACAAGGACGUCGCCGUGACCAUGGGCCUGGUCCCGGCGGACGAGUACCGCCUCGGCGAAGAGGCGGCGGGCGUCGUGGUGCGCGUGGCGCCGGACGUGACGACAUUCCAGCCCGGCCAGCGCGUCGUCGUCUUCAGCCGCGCGUCGCUCGCGAACCGCGUGCGCGCCAGCACGGAGCGCGUGCACGCCAUCCCCGACGCCAUGAGCUUCGAGGACGCCGCCACGCUGUGCGUCGUCUACAUCACGGCCAUGCACGCGCUCUUCAACCUCGGCGGCCUGCGCAGCGGCAUGCGCGUGCUGGUCCACUCGGCGACGGGCGGCGUGGGCAACGCGGCCAUCCAGCUGUGCCGGAGCGUCGGCGACGUCGAGAUCUUUGCGACGGUCGGCAGCGACGCCAAGAAGCAGUUUCUGGUGGACGAGCUGCACAUGCCGGCGGACCACGUCUUUUCGUCGCGCACGCCCGAGUUUGUCCAGGGGAUCCGCCGGCUGGCGGACGGUGCGGGCGUCGACCUGGUGCUCAACUCGCUGACGGGGCCUCUGCUCGAGUCCUCGUGGCACCUGCUCGCUCCCAACGGGACGUUUGUCGAGAUUGGCAAAAGGGACAUGCUCGCCCGCCAGGCACUGCCCAUGGAGCCGUUUACGCGCAACGUGUCGUACCGCGCCCUGGAUACGUCGCCGCGCUUCUUCCCGGACUCGACCAUCAACGUCGUCAUGGCGGAUCUGUUUCGUUUGUUGGAGAAGGGAGCCAUCAAGCGGAUUUUUCCCCGACAGACCUUUUCGUACUCCCGCGUGGCCGACGCUUUCCGUCUGCUGCGACAGGGUACUCACAUGGGCAAGCUUGUGGUGUCGCGAGAACACGUGCCGAGUGGUGAUAUGGUAGGAGAGCAAAAGGAAGAUGAGACGAAAGGGGCAAAAGAUGCGGGUACCGUCGUCUCGAUCCGUCAGUCCCCUCACAUCCCGUCCCAACUGCGAUCGGAUGUGUGUCAUCUGAUCGUCGGCGGCCUCGGCGGGCUGGGCGGCAGUCUUGCCGUUUACCUGGCCAAGGAGAUGGGCGCCAAGAACAUUGCUACUUUAUCGCGGAGCGCAAACGUGCCCGACAAGGAUGUCAAGGCGGCGUUUUGCAAGACAAAGAUGCCCAUCGGCGGUAUUGUCCAUGGUGCCAUGGUUCUCAGAGACCGGCCAUUUGCAACCAUGACCAUGACCGAAUACCACGAUGCCACGGGCUGCAAGAUUGCCGGCGCUCUAAACCUACACCAAGCCGCACUGGAUCUGGACCUGAACCUGGACUACUUCUCACUCCUGUCCAGCAUCUCCGGCAUCGUCGGCGGCAAGGGCCAGGCAAACUACGCCGCCGGCAACGCCGUGCUGGACGCGCUCGCGGCUCACCGCCGGGCCAUGGGGCUGCCGGCAUGCGCAGUCGACCUGGGAGCCGUCGAGGACGUCGGGUACAUUGCAAGCCACCAGCAGCAGGCAGCGGCCGCGACGCAGCCUGGGAGGGACGGUGCUGCAGCUGCAAAUCACGAUUAUCUGGCCAAGGUCACGGCGGGCGGGACGCUCACCCCGAUCAACGAGCGGCUGCUGCGCAAGAUAAUCCAGCUGUGUCUGCUCCAGCAGCAACGCCAGCUCAGGGGCCCAUCGGCAGGAGCCUACCAGAUGAUCACCGGCCUGACGGUGCCGCAGCCCGAGCAGUCAGACCUGCCCGGCGACGCACGCUUCGCCGCGCUCUUCAACGUGCCCGGCUCCAAGGCCGGCGGCGGCGAGGGACCCAGCGGGGCCGCGGGUCGCGGGGCGGCGGGGGCGAGCGGGGGCGCCGGGCACGACGCGGAGAGCAAGGACCUGCGCGAGCUGCAGCUGAUGCUGUGGUCGUGCAAGGCGGUGCAGCCGGCGGCGGUCAGGGCGGGCCUGGUGAGGGUGGUCGGGGCGUACUUUGCCAAGACGCUGCGGCUCGAGGUGGAGCAGGUCGACGUCGAGAGGCCGCUGUCGGGGUUCGGCAUAGACUCCAUGGCGGCCGUGGAGAUCCGCAACUGGGUCAGGGCCGAGCUGGGGGUGGUCUUGGCCACCUUUGAGAUUAUCAAUGCGUCGAGCAUCAUUGGCUUUUGCGAUGUGGUCAUUUCGAAACUGAACAGGGUGUGA